AUGAUGGGAUACUUGCGAAGCCGAUGGAGAGGAAAAGGGGAGAAGGCCUCCGGAAAAUGCGGAGAGGGAGAAUUGGCUCGAAAAAACGGAAGCGCGACGGUAAUUGUAGACAUUCUCUCCCCUUCCGCCGACGGCGGCGAGCACAGCCCCAGGUCGGUCGGAAGCGGCAGAAAGAGCCUGCUUGCGCCCGCCGCGUGGAUAGGCGGAGCGGAAAUUGAGCCGCUGAUUCCCUGGCGGAGGCGCUACCGGCGGAACAACCGCUACAUCCGCCACCGGCGCGGGGAAGGCCCGGAUGGAUCCACGUGGCAGUACAUGGGCGACGUGUUUAGCGUGCAGCGGUAUCUGCGGAUGAGUAUGAUGUGGCGCCACGUGUGCAUAGCGAUGUGGGUGUUGGUGACUUUAGCGGCCGCUGCAGCCGUGUUCAGCGCGACGUAUAAGAGCUUCCAAGACGAGCGCCAGGUGGCGUUAGAGGUGGAGUGCGAGUCGUACAAGAAGCUGCUGCAGGACCAUUUCACCGACACCUCCAACCAGAUUCGGCUGCUGGCCAACCUGAUGACCACGUUCCACUACAACAAGCCCCCGGGCACCCUGGACAGGUCCACGUUCAUGGGGUUUCUCAACGACACGGAAUACGCGCGUCCGCGUUUGAGGGAUGUCUCGUUUGCUGCUAGUGUGCCGCAGGCAGAGAGGGGGGCGUAUGAGAGGGCGCAGGGGGGCGGCUUCUGCAUCAAGCACGACAUGGCAUGUGCGGGGCAGCAGUCGGACUAUGCACCCAUCCUCUACACCACGUCACCGCAGCAACUUAUCGGACAAGACAUGCUCUGGGACGCGUUCCCAGCGAACAGGGAGGCAGUGAUUCGAGCGCGCGACCAGGGCAUUAUGGGUGCACUCACCCCGCCGCUGCAAAUGGCAGUGGACUCACUGGGGGGCAUCAACGUCGGCAGCAGCAGCAGCACGGGCGCAUCAGGCAGCACUGUAGCAUCGGAAUCGAGCGGUAACCGCGACCUAAACACCCUCAUGUUACGCGUUUACCCGGUGUAUCAGGAGCGUACACCCCCAGGACCCGGGGCUGGCAUGGCUGAGUUCCGAUCCAAGUGCCGAGGCUUCAUGUCGGCUGUGAUUGAUUUUGAGCCGUUGAUCAAAUCGCUGCACCGGGAGCACAUGCCGAUGUUUGUGAGGGUGUACGAUGUGACCAAUGGGAGCAGCGAGGCUCAGUCUGGGUACUAUAACGGGGCCAACACUGCCUCCCAGGGGAACGGCAGCAGCGGCAACGGCAGCGGCAGCGGCACCGGCAGCAGCAGCGGCAGCACGAGUGGCACGACCAGCAGCAUGACGUCAGCGAGUGGUAGCAACACCACGGCAGUCCAAAAAACCGACGGCGGCAGCAGCAGCAGCAGCAAUGGCACCGGACAGACGGUUGGGUUUGGCGAGACGAUGGCAGUACCCGGGGAGGUGUUGGGGCGGGGCAGUGUGGAGCGGCUGAUGUAUGAACCGCAGGAGCACCGGCUGGCAAAGGGGCAGAGCGACCGCUAUAACUACGUCACCACCAUGGACCUGGGGGACCCGUACCGGCAGUACGAUAUCCGCUGCAGGUACCUAGACUACUACGUCUUCCCCUACUCCUCGCUGGGCUGGGCGCUCGUUAUAGUCACAGUCAUGUCCCUGCUGGGCUACGUGUGGUGGGUGGCGAGCUCGCACGUGCACCAAUUGGAGCACGACUUCCACCGCAUGGAGCUGCUAAAGGACAAAAUGAAGGCCGCCCGCAACGUGGCGGAGCGCGCCAGCAAGGCGAAAGGGACGUUCCUGGCCACCAUGUCGCACGAGCUGCGCACGCCCAUGAACGGGGUUAUAGGUAGUGUGAGUUGCAACGUGGCGGAGCGCGCCAGCAAGGCCAAGGGGACGUUCCUGGCCACCAUGUCCCACGAGCUGCGCACACCCAUGAACGGCGUCAUAGGCGCCAGCGAAGCCAAGGGCACGUUCCUGGCCACCAUGUCUCACGAGCUGCGCAUGCCCAUGAACGGCGUCAUAGGCAUGCUGAACCUGCUGCUGGAGACGCCGCUCACGAUAACCCAGCUGGACUACGUGGAGACAACGCCCCUCACGAUAACCCAGCUGGACUACGUGGAGACGGCGCGCACCAGCGGGCGGGCACUGCUGGAGCUGAUCAACGACAUCCUGGACCUCUCCAAGAUUGAGGAUUCUAAAAGCGACUGUGCGUAUGGGUACACCUCGCUGCUAGAGCGCAUCAAUCACGUCCUCGACCUCUCCAAGAUCGAGGUGAGUGGGCUGCUUACGCACGAAGAUGCAGUUGGAGAGGGUCCUAUGGACGUGCGGGGAGAGGUGGACACGGUGCUCACUGUGCUGUGCCGUUCCCUUUCCCCAACUACCACCCUUCGCCACCCGUUCUUCACCCACCAGGUGCAGAGGAUGCAGCUGGAGCGCGUGUUGAUGGACGUGCGGGGCGAGGCACAGAAGAUGCAGCUGGAGAGGGUCCCCAUGGACGUGAGGGGAGAGGUGGACACGGUACUCACAAUGUUCAUCGAGCGCUUCUCUUACUCCAUCCCUUCCCCCCUUCCCUCCUUCACCCUCUUUCCCCCUCUCUCCUCUUUCCCCCACCAGGCGCAGAAGAUGCAGCUGGAGCGGGUCCCGAUGGACGUGAGGGGAGAGGUGGACACGGUGCUCACAAUGUUCAUCGAGCGCUUCCGAGACAAGCCGCUGCUGCAGGUGGCAGCCUAUGUCGACCCGCUCGUGCCCGCUGCUGUCCUGGGGGACUCCCUGCGCCUACGCCAGGUAUUGCGGGCUGUUGUCUGCAUGACUCGUUGUGUGCCACUCUUCCAGGCGGGUCUCCAGGUGUUUCUGCUAGGUGGUUCGUCAGGUGCUCAUCAACCUUCUGUCCAACGCUUGCAAGUUCACCAAACGUGGACACAACUUCAUCGCCAUCCUCCCUCUCCCCCACCCUGCCUGCACCCCUUACCCGACCAGGUGCUCAUCAACCUGCUGUCCAACGCCUGCAAGUUCACUGAACGUGGACACAUCUUCAUCGCCAUCCGCACGGCAGAGCCAGACGAGGAUCUGCGCAAGUCAGCCCGCAAGCACCACCACCACCGCUCCCUCCGCUCGCACGCUCCUGCCAUGAUAGCUGAUCAGCCAUCAGCCACUGCUGUGGCAGCCGAUAAGCCUUCUGCCUCUGCUGUGAUAGGCGAUAAGCCGUCUAUUGCAGCAACUGAGAUGAAGACUGGCGAGAAUCGAAGGGUUAUCGGCAGCACUGGUGCUGCGAGCUACACUGCUGUUGCUGCUGCCGCCGCUGCUGGUAGUGGUAGUGAUGGUGGUGGUGGCGGUUGUCAGGGUAAGGAGGAUGCGGCAAAGGAGGACGUGGAGGAGAGUCCAUCCAAGGAUGUUGCAUUUCGACCCGAACGACAGUCGGACACGGGCGAGGGCAUCCCGUACCCAGCGCAGCGCACCAUCUUAAAGCCCUUCAUGCAGGCGGACGCGAGCACGACGCGCACGCAUGGCGGCAUGGGCAUCGGGCUGUCCAUCUCGCGCCACCUUGACACAGGAGAAGGCAUCCCCUAUCCCGCACAGCGAACCAUCUUAAAGCCCUUCAUGCAGGCGGACGCGAGCACGACGCGCACGCACGGCGGCACGGGCAUCGGGCUGUCCAUCUCGCGCCACCUGGUGGAUCUCAUGGGCGGCAAGAUCUCCUUCACCUCGCGCCCGGGCGUGGGCACCACCUUCUUUUUUGAUGUGGUCAUGCCCUCCUCGCCUCUACACAUUCUCCAGCAGACCGAAGCGAGCCUAUCUCAAUUCUCCGCCAUUCUCCUCGACGACCGCGCCGUGAGGUUCGGCGUGAUGGAGAGCCUUCUCAACAGGCUCGGCAUCCCGGUGCUAAACAACCCCGAAGCCGUCGCCGAACCUGUUGUGCACAUUCCGAACCACAAUUCCCUCGUGACUGCUCCAGCUGCGGUGGGCGCAGGAGUUGGUAAGCGGCCGGUGAUUGUGGUGGUGGAUGAGGAGUGGCUGGGCCGACACAACAAGGCAGUGCUUCAACAGAAGAAGAAGCAGUGCGAGGGGGAGGGGCAGCAGGGACAGGAGGGACAGGGAACAGUCCCUGAAGAGGAGGUGCUGGAAGGGCAGGAAGGGGAGAAGAAGAGGGCACGGAAGGAGGGAGAGAGGUGGGGGGAUGAGGCUCUGGGGACAGAGGAUGGGGCUGAGGCGGAGGAGGAGGAGGAGCGAGAAAGGGCGGUGCGGAGGGAUGGGGAGGGGGGUGAUGAUGGUGACGAUGAGAGGGAGUAUGAUGAGGAAGAGGAGGAUGAGGAAGGGGAGGAAGAUGAGUGUAAAUCAGGGAAAAUGGUGGAUGGGAGGCAGGUAGGGAGAGGAACAGGUGUGGUGCGAACAGGAGGUGAGGGUCAGGAGCAGCCGCAGCCGCAGCAGCCGCAGCAGCCACAGCAGCCGCAGCAGCAGCAGCAGCCACAGCAGCAGCAGCAGCCGCAGCAGCAGCUACAGCAGUCCUCGCUGCCGAAAAGCUCGUCAGACCAGAGCUCGCCAGGUCCCGUGGUGCGAUGGCUGCUUCCUACUGACGACGACGAUGACGAUUCCGACAGAACUGCUCAUAGCGGCCCGCUGCCUCGUGUUCACGGGGAUAAGGUGCUUUUCUGGCCUGGAGUCACCACGAGGAGUACCAGCACUGGCAAGAGCAGCGGCAAGAGCCCCCAAAGAGCAGGCAUCCUCAAGUCUGGCAGCACCGAUGGGAAAACGGAUAUGGCUUCUGCUUCCCCUGCUGCUCCAGCUGCCUCUGCUGCCCCUGCUGUCCCUGCUGCUUCUGCUGCUGCUUCUGCCCCUGCCGCUCCUGCUGCUCCCGCUGAGAGUGGUGAUGCUCUUGACACAGGGUCGGGACGGCGAACAAGGCGAGUGAGAAUGAGCCUAGACGAGGUGGGGUCAACUUGGACAAAAGGGUCAACAACCGGGUCCAAAGCGCGCAGAUCCACAGGCUCCGUGCCGGAAGGGGAUGUGCCGGCCAUUGCCGCCCGCCACAAGACCCGUGCCGCCCAGGCGGCUGCUGGGAGCCCUUCCUCCCUGCCGCCCGCUCUGCCGUCGGGCACGUCGAUGCGCAAGGAGAGUGACGGAGCGAGGCUGCUGUGCCAGGCGCUCAAGGGCAAGAAGAUUCUCGUGGUGGGUCUCCCUCUCUCUGCCUUCUCUCAUUCUUGUGAUGUGGACGACAACAUGGUGAACCGCAAGGUGAUGGUGCGCAUGUUGCAGCGGUACGGCGUGGAGGUGGAGACGGUGGACGACAACAUGGUGAACCGCAAGGUGGACGACAACAUGGUGAACCGCAAGGUGAUGGCGCGCAUGCUGCAGCGAUACGGCGUGGAGGUGGAGGCGGUGGAUGGCGGCGCCAAGGCUGUCAAGGCCGUGCAGAAUGCAUCUCUCAGAUUUGAUUGUGUCUUCAUGGACGUGCAGAUGCCGGAGAUGGAUGGGCUAGAAGCCACAGGGCUCAUCCGCAAGUAUGAAGCUGGUGUGAAUGGUGGAAACACUCAAAAAGGCCGGGGAGCAGACCGGCUAUUGGUGAUUGCACUGACGGCUGAUGUGGGUGCUGGCACGAGGGAGAAGUGCUUGAAGAAUGGGAUGGAUGGGUACAUGACCAAACCGAUCGAGGAAGAGCAACUCUGUCGAGUUGUGUUGCCGUUUUUCACAGCCUUGGCAGCUUGUUCACGACCAUGA